AUGAUGACGCUUAAGCAGCUAGGUAUAGACGAGCGUCAACGUUAUCCUGAAGCAUCGAAAGCAUUAGAGCAAAAUUUCUAUAUGGAUGACGCUUUGUGUGGUAGUUAUGACGUCAUGUCAGCCAAAAAAUUGCAACGACAGCUAAUCGACCUACUUAAAACCGGAGGAUUCAACCUUCGCAAAUUUUCGUCAAAUGAGAAGUCACUACUCGAAGAUGUCGCACCAAGCUCCCCAAACACUUAUGACUUUAAGCACCAGGAAUCAACAAAAGCACUCGGACUUACAUGGAUUGCCAAGGAUGACAACUUCACCUUCCAAUGUAAAAUGACAGCACCAACAACAACCAAACCAACAAAAAGAGUUUUACUAGCCGAAAUCUCUAAAGUCUUCGAUCCUUGUGGUUUCAUUUCGCCAGCCAUGGUUCAGCUUAAACAAUUAUUUCAAAGCGUUUGGCAAGAAAAUCUAAUUUGGGAUGAUGUCAUACCUGAUGACGUAUACUCAAAUGGUUAA